AUGCCAGUUGAGCGAGAGAUUGCAGGACCGUCCAGGCGAGCCGAGUCAGAGCUUCCAUUUCCAGUGAAUGAUCCCUUACCGACUUUCACUGAAAUAGCAGACUGUUUUAAGAUCCCAACUCCGCCGAAGCCACAUAUCUCGUGGGUGGAUCUGACUUGUGAGGAGACUGAUCCUUCUAUGGAUGAUGAAGAGGAGGAAGUCACUUCGAGGAUAGAUGUUGCAACAGAUGGAACUUGCAAAGUCUGCACUCGCCGUCAAACCAGUCGCGCCGUCGAACCAGUCGCGCCGUCAAACCAGUCGCGCCGUCGAACCAGUCGCGCCGUCAAACCAGUCGCGCCGUCGAACCGGAGCUGCACUCGCCGUCGAACCAGUCGUGCCUUCGAACCCGAGCUGCACUCACCGUCGUUCUCCCCGUUCUCGCACCACUGGUUUCUUCUUACUCUUAAGUCCUUUGUACGUAAUAGAGCCCAUCCAGAAGGAUCAAUUGCAGAGGGAUUUUUGGCCAAUGAAUGUUUGACGUUUUGUUCGCAAUAUCUAUCUGGGGUAGAAACUAGGUUCAAUAGACCUAACAGAAAUGACGAUGAAGUCUCUGGAAGGCCAUUAGGGAUAAAGAAACAACAAAAGUUACGAUUAGGGAAGAGGAAGAAAGUGAGUAGAACUAAACUUGACAAGAAAGAGUUAGCACAGGCACAUAGAUAUGUGCUUUCUAAUUGUGAUGCAGUUGCUCCAUUUAUAGAAGAACACAUUUUACAUCUUAAGAGACAGUGUCGACCACGACGAUUGACACAACUUGAAAUUGACAAGCAACAUGGUCAAAAAUUUAUUGAGUGGUUUAAACUCAGGAUCCAGCGUAUGGAUGAACAAAAGAGCUCAGAAGUUACUCAUGAACUUAGAUGGUUAUCCCGUGGACCAUCUGAGGUAGUAAGAAGAUACACAGGUUAUGCGAUUAAUGGUUUUAGAUUCCACACAAAGAAGAGAGAGAGAUUUUUGAAAACACAAAAUAGUGGAGUUGUUGUAAAGACAAAGACCUCAACAGAUGAAAUUAAUUACUAUGGGGCAAUAACUGAUAUACUGCUGUUGGAUUAUUCUGGAAAGUACAAGUUUGUGUUAUUUAAAUGUGAUUGGGUUGAUAUUAAUAAAGGUAUCAAGAAAGAUAAGUUUGGUAUGACGCUUGUCAAUUUCAAAUUUUUAAAACAUACUGGGAAAAAUAUUUGUGAUGACCCAUUUGUGUUUGCAUCACAAGCUAAAAAGGUGUUUUAUAUAUAUGAUGAGAGAAACAAGGAUUGGCUUGUUGUUCUCAAUGCAAAAGUUAGAGAUAUCUAUGAUAUGGGUGAUGAGGAAUCUAAUGAAAUUGAAGAAAUUCAUGGGCAACUAAUGGGCGAUACAAGUGAAGCUACUCAAAAUGUUAAUGAUUUGGUUAGGCUUCAAGUUGAAGACGAUAAUGAUUUUUUUGAAGUUGUUGAUGUUGAUAAUAUGGAUGAUGAUGAAGAUAAUGAAGAUGAUGAGGAAGACGAAUGAAAGAAGCAAUGGCUCGAAGAAGAAAGUUAAAUAUUCGACAUCGAGCAAGUGAUAAUGAAGGAAUUCAGUCUACUUCAAAUAAUACAAACUCAACCAAUGUAGAAGGAAGUAAUGUUGCAGAAACUCGUUCUAGUCCUUGUCAUGCAGAAGGUGUCAUACGUGAGUCUGUAGAAUCUCACUCAAUUCCCUCUGAUAUAGAAGUUGAAGAAGAACAAAUUGAAAAAGAAGUAGAGCCUAAACGGGCUAGAGGUCCUACAAAAAUGUUAGAUGUAUGGGAAAUGGAAGAUGGUGAUUUAAUAAUCGUUAAUUUGGACAAAUAUGGUCGACCCAUUGGUGAGGAAGGGACAACUCUAACUCGUUUCAUUGGUAGCGUAGCUAGAAGGUAUCAAUAUGCUCCUAUCAACUACAAGUCAUGGAAAGUUAUGCCAAAUGAUUACAAAGAAGAAAUGUUGAAAUUAAUAGAGAAGAAGAAGUUGCAUCUCUUGUACCAGAUGAUAGGGUUGACCCAAAUCAAUAUCGUGGUUUGGUUCAUCAUUGGUUUUCUGAUGAAGGACAAAAAAUAAGUAAAAUUAAUAGGCAAAAUCGUGUUAAGUUUGAAGAUGUUCAUUGUAUGGGUUCAAAAAGUCUCCCAAAGUUUAUUGAUGAGAAG